AUGUGCGACGACGGGGGUGGCUUUGGGCCAUUGAUCAGAUUACAAGCGAGGGUGUCGUACGGCACCAAGCCUGGCGCCUUGGUGUUGGGCUGGCCAGCCAAGGGCGGCAUCCUCGUCCUCGUGGCUUCCACCGUCGAGAUCGCGUUUCUGGGCUACGACCGAUUCGAACCGGUUCCGCGCCCCAAUCCGACGGAUCCGGACUCUGCCGCAGAUGGAGAGACGCACUGCAAUAAGAUGCGCCAGCUGGGUGCCGAUUGGUGGGAGAGCGAAGCCGCGUGGUAUCUGGACCAGCUGGAAGUACGCCAGGCAGGCGUGGUCGGGGAAAGAUUCCUGGGGACUGGGUGGCCGGUCGGGGGCGGUGUCUGGGUUCUCAGCACCGAUGAGUUGAUCGCUGCUGAGAAGCACGCAGGCAUGCUGUUCAAUGCCUACACCAUGGAGGAGCGAUGCAGGGUUAUCGAGCAGCUGGGCGGCACGUUCUACGCCAAUCCGAAAGACUGCCCGGACCUAAACUUGGCGUAGGCGCAGAGCAGACGGCUCAUCAACGUCAGCAAUUGCUUAGAGUGUGUGACCUCGUCUUGUGAGAUGGGGUUGUGGUGAAAUCUGUAUCCAUGAACCUCCAUUUAGCUUAUAAUUCGCUUGGCGCUUUGUAGGGCUAGAGAUUUCGAAGCCGGCGAGUAACUCCCGUUGUAACAAUCCAACCCGGCCAAACCUAGAGCUCAAAGCCCUUCCCGAACUUGCGAACACAGUACCGGUGCCUCCGUACCCUGUCUGUUUUCUGUUUCACCUUCUUGGCGCCGCCCUGAGGGGAUCUGCCAUGCGUCGGCCUUCAGCCAGGAUGGUGCAUGUUUGUGAAGUGAGAGAGAUGAGCCGUUCGGGAUUCGCCGAGACACCUUUUUUAAGCAUCGAGGUGACGGUGCGGGUUGAAGCGACAUUGGAGGACAAGGUCCAGAUGCAACCUCGCCGUCGAGGCAU